CCCAGAGUGCCCUGUCAGGGUGAAAGAGGUUGAGGUGUCAAGGAUCAGGGCUGUACAGCAAAUCUCCUAUGUGGAGGCGGUGAAGAGUUGAAGGGUCAAAGGGUCACAGUUCUGAAGAUAUGGAGGUGGAUGCAUCACAACCAGUUGCCAAUGUUACUCAUCAAUCCAGUGAUCUGGAUAUACUUAUUGUGAAGAAGCCUUCCAUGUCUGAACAGAAGUCCACAGAGUCCCCAGGUUCUGGCUGUGGUGUUCCAGCCCAGAGAACCUCACAGCAGGGUCCAGAGAUGGUCUCAGUGAAGCUGGAGGACUGCAGUCAAACACUGGAACUUAAUGUGAUUGUCAAAGAGGAAUGGGAGGAGAGAGAAGUCAAAGAGGAAAUGGAGAAGAUAGAAGUCAAAGAGGAAGUAGAGAUGUCAGUCAAAGAAGAGCAUGAGAGAACAGUUGAAGAAGGGGAGGAGGAGGAGCAAGCAGUCAAAGAAGAGCAUGAGAGAACAGUUGAAGAAGAAGAAGAAGAGGUGGAGAAAAGAUCAGUGAAAGCAGAAGAGAACAAGGAAGAAGCUGCUCAACAUCUAGGAACUAAAGAAGUAGAUAGUAUCAGUGACCCAGGAGAGAUCUCCAACCCAGGUUCAGACAGUGAGCCCAGUUCCACAGCAUCAGGAAACCAUAAACAACACAGACGGAGGAACUCAAUACAGAAACAUCACCACUGCAUAGACUGCUUCACUAGUUUCUAUGAUCCAGAGGAGUUGAGAAGACACACUUGUAGGUCCCACCCCUGCUCAGAUUGCAUAGGCAGUUUUAUUUGUCCGAUUCACCUCAAAUCACACCAACAAAGUCUCAAAAUAAAGAUGUACCCGUGUGGUCAAUGUGGGAAGAGAUUUCAGACACCAAGCAGCUUGAAGAUGCACCAGCUUAAUCACACAGGAAAGAAGUCGUACCACUGCUUCCAGUGUAGGAAGACUUUCGGUUGGUCAUUCAAUUUGAAGAGACACCAGAAAAUACACACAGGGGAGAAACCUUUCCACUGCUCCCAGUGUGGAAAGAGCUUCAGUCAGACAGGAGACCUAAAGAAACAUCAGAGAAUACACACAGGAGAGAAGCCUUACCACUGCUCUGAGUGUGGGAAGAGCUUCAGUAUAGAAGCAAAUCUAAAGGAGCACCAGAAAUUACAUACAGGAGAGAAGCCUUUCUACUGCUCCCAAUGUGGUAAAAGCUUCAGUCGGUUGAGAGAACUAAAGAAACAUCAGAGAAUACACACAGGGGAAAAGCCAUACAGCUGUGAUCAGUGUGGGAAGAGUUUCAGUCAAACAGGAGUCUUAAAGAGACACCAGCUAACUCACACAGGAGAAAAACCUUUCAACUGCUCCCAGUGUGGGAAGGAUUUCAGUCAGUCAUCACUUUUGAAGAGACACCAGCUAACUCACACAGGAAAGAAGCUUCACCACUGCUCUCAUUGUGGAAAAAGUUUUAAAUUGGAAGGAAGCCUUCAGAGUCACCUGAGAAUACACAAUGGAGAGAAGCCCCACCACUGCUCCCAAUGUGGGAAGGCAUUCAGUCAGGCAGUAGACCUAAAGAAACACCAGAGAAUACACAUAAGGGAGAAGUCUUUCCACUGCUCUCAGUGUGGGAAGACUUUCGGUCGGUCAUUAUUUUUGAAGCGACACCAGAGAAGACACACGGGGGAGAAGCCUUUCCAUUGCUCACAAUGUGGGAAGACCUUCGGUGAAAAAGGAAAUCUAAAGCAACACCAGAGAAGACACUCAGGAGAGAAACCGUACAGCUGUGAUCAGUGUGGGAUUAGUUUUAAAUGGAAACAAAGCCUGAAGGAACAUACGGAGGCAAAGCACAGUGCAGUGCCCAACUCUAACCUUAUAAUGGAGCUGCCAAGCUGGACAUCUACAUAUCUGACUAAUAUUGACUGACUGUUCUUUUUGUUAUUCUGUUAAACCUCUUUUAAAAUAUAUAUUUGAUCUUCUAACACUUUAUUUAGACAGCCAAAAACACAGGAGGCGACAGGAAACUGGUAGGGUGGACACAUGAAACUGGUAGGGUGGAGGACACAGGAAACUGGUUGGGUGGAGGACACAGGAAACUGGUUGGGUGGAGGACACAGGAAACUGGUAGGGUGGAGGACACAGGAAACUGGUAGGGUGGAGGACACAGGAAACUGGUUGGGUGGAGGACACAGGAAACUGGUAGGGUGGAGGACACAGGAAACUGGUAGGGUGGAGGACGGUGGAAACUGGUAGGGUGGAGGACACAGGAAACUGGUAGGGUGGAGGACACAGGAAACUGGUAGGGUGGAGGACACAGGAAACUGGUAGGGUGGAGGACACAGGAAACUGGUAGGGUGGAGGACGCGGGAAACUGGUAGGGUGGAGGACGCGGGAAACUGGUAGGGUGGAGGACGCGGGAAACUGGUAGGGUGGAGGACGCGGGAAACUGGUAGGGUGGAGGACGCGGGAAACUGGUAGGGUGGAGGACGCGGGAAACUGGUAGGGUGGAGGACGCGGGAAACUGGUAGGGUGGAGGACGCGGGAAACUGGUAGGGUGGAGGACGCGGGAAACUGGUAGGGUGGAGGACGCGGGAAACUGGUAGGGUGGAGGACACGGGAAACUGGUAGGGUGGAGGACUGGUACGGGAAACUGGUAGGGUGGAGGACACGGGAAACUGGUAGGGUGGAGGACGCGGGAAACUGGUAGGGUGGAGGACGCGGGAAACUGGUAGGGUGGAGGACGCGGGAAACUGGUAGGGUGGAGGACGCGGGAAACUGGUAGGGUGGAGGACGCGGGAAACUGGUAGGGUGGAGGACGCGGGAAGUGAAAACCGGUGUCCAGUGGGGAGGACGUGUGACUGGCUGCAGUGUUACCGCUAUACAACAGGUUAUUAUUCUGUCACACUUGGAAGUUAAUUUAUAAUAUUCUCAUAUGGAAAUGUACUAAAGAGUUCCAGCACGUGGAUCAUAUCCUGCAGAAAUCCAUUCCGUUUCGAUCUGCAUAAAGUCAAUUACUUUCUGAACUAAACUUCCAUUACCAGCAAGACACACACUUCUCUGGAACAGGUUAUGUGCAUAAUUGAUGCAGUUUCACCAGACUGCACACGUAUCUGCUUAAUGUCACUCUUUCUCUGGGGGAUUUGUGAUGUUUUACUUGUGCUUCCUGUGACUGUGUUUUUAUAUGUGUAUAUUUAUAUUGUAUUAUAACAGGGCACAUUGGAAAGAGAGACCUCGGUCUCAAUAUGUCUUCCCAGGUCAAAUAAAGGUAAAUGCAUCACUAAUAAUAAUAAUAAUAAUGACCUGAUUUUAAAAAGUAGAGGACAGACAUAAGGGAAGGCUGUUGUCUGUAUUAACCAGUGGUCUACUAUAAUGCAGGGUAUAAUGUAAAAAUAAAAUAAUGACAAGAUAA